UGGGGGUCAUGACUUGAGCUUAAGGCAGGUCCGGUAGUGUCCUCUCACAGGGGUCACAGUCGCCCGCGGCUCUUAUUAGCAUAGCUGUUGCCGGGCGGAGUGCAGCUUGUCGGGACGGACUGUGGCAGAGGACGCAGCUGUCACAUGCUGGAGGAGCGGUGACUGGAAGCUGAGCAGAGGGACGAGGGGUUGAGUUUAGUGGCCACAUGUCGUCAAAUGGGAAACGUUUUUAAGACAAACGGAAACCAGUUAAACAGUCAGUUAGUGUUUUAAACUUGACGCGUUCGAAGUUGUUUUCCGUUCGGUCUGGAGCGCGUUACGUCGUUUGAAUAACGUUACCGGGGAGACGGUAGUUACGACGACGGGUCGCUAUAAAUACGUGCGGGCGAUAUUUAGUAAGCGCUCAAAGCCUUCGACGGGAACCAAACCAUCUGCAGGAGCCGAGUAGGACACCAUACGAAGGAGAGGACCGAGGCAGCAUGGUUACCACAAAGGGAGCAGGUCUGAACCCCAAUGCUAAAGUGUGGCAGGAGAUCCCUGCCCACCAGAAUGACAUCCCAGAGGGGACUGAGGAUUCUCCUUGGCUACUGACCUACCCCCCUCCCGCUGAGAUGGCCGAAGACGUUCCUUCUUCAGGGGUAAAAGGAUCCGAUGCUGAAUACCCUGACAAAACUGCUGACUAUGCCUCUGUACCCACAGAGGGCAUUGAAAAUGGCACUGACCACCCUGACUCAGGGUAUUUAGCCUUUGACCCUCAAUGCGAAUCAGCCAUAGAUGCUGAUGCUUCUGAAGAGCAACCAAUGUCUGAGGAGAGCCUAAGAGAGUCCUUGAAGAAACAGCUCGAGUUCUGCUUUUCUAGAGAGAACCUGUCCAAGGACCUGUACCUGAUAUCCCAGAUGGACAGUGAUCAGUUUGUUCCCAUCUGGACCAUUGCUUGCAUGGAGGACAUCAAAGCCCUUACCACUGAUGUGACCCUCAUUCUGGAUGUACUGCGAGCCUCGCCUAUGGUGCAAGUUGAUGAAGCUGGAGAGAAGGUUCGGCCAAACCACAGUCGCUGCAUCAUCAUUCUGAGAGAGGUGCCGGAGACCACACCUAUUGAGGAAGUGGAGGCUCUUUUUCAGAGUGAAAACUGUCCAAAAGUGUUAAGUGCUGAGUUUGCACACAACAGCAACUGGUACAUCACAUUUCAGUCUGAUAUGGAUGCACAACAGGCCUACAGAUACCUACGAGAGGAAGUGAAAACAUUCCAGGGAAAACCAAUCAUGGCCCGCAUUAAGGCCAUUAACACAUUCUUUGGUAAGAACAGCUUCCGCAGUGUGGACACAAGUGUAUACAGUCAGCAUGCCCAACCGCAGGCUCAAUAUAGCUCCCAAGUCUACAUGCAGCAGGCGUACAGCCCUCAGCAGCAGUACCCUGUGUACCCUGUGGUGUCGCCCUCCUGGAACCCUGCGGUCAUCCCCUACUUUGAAACGCCACUGGCACCUUUCCCGCACAGUGGAUUCAUGAAUGGUUACAGCAGCCCUGGAAACUACGAAGCAAACACAAGCUCCAUCAACACCCAUCGACCCAUGAGCAGGAACCGAAACCAUGUUAAGGGUCACCCUAGGCCCGGAGACGUGCCUUCUUCUCAGGCUCCGGUGCCCCUGAUGGAUGGCCUGUCUGGUCCCUCGAGUCCGCAGCCCUUCCAGACAUCAGGGAUGGCUUCUGGCACCACUUCGGCAACAGCUUCUCUACCAUCCUUCGGCUUUAAAGACAGUUCUUCACAGGCCACCAUACCCAGUGGAUAUCUGAGUGCGUCUACACGGGGAAGGAGAGGUAGCUACAGAGGCAUGAGGAGGAAAAGAGAAGAUGAACAUACCACGAGGCCUGUCCCUCUGAUGGAGGCCAAGGUAACUCCUCCACCAAAGUUUGACCUGGCAGCUUCCAAUUUUCCUCCUUUGCCGGGAUCUGUGGUCAGUAUGCGGGGAGAGAAUAUGCCAGAGAUGCGCCUUUCUGAUGUUGUGCGUGGCCUAAAGGUGACAAACAAGCCUGUGAACAAAGAGGUUAACGGGUCCAAAAAAACAAACCUCUCUGAAGAUGCUGUAAGCAAACCAGAUGCUGUGACCCAACCAGAUGCUGUGACCCCGGUUGCUAAACUUGCUCCUGUGGCACCACUCGCAGUGGCACCACUCGCAGUGGCACCACUCGCAGUGGCACCUCUCACAGUGGCACCACCAGUCUUAAGUGUUUCUCCUCCGGUAAAGGAAGAGGAAAAAGCUGAACCUUCUAUCCCAAACGAAAACAUCUCCACGGCCUCGCAGCCUGCCUCGCAGCCUGCCUCCCCAACAGCAUCCAAACCUGCUCCCACCGCCUGCAGCCAGUCUGUUUCUACAGAAGCACCUUCUUCAUCUCCCCCAUCUCCAACAUCGGACCUGGGGGCAAAAAAACUGAGCUAUGCAGAGGUGUGCCAGCGGCUGGCCAAGGACCCGCCCCCGGCACAGACGCCCUCUCCCUCCCCUCCUGCCUCCUCAGCUGGCCAACCCCUGCAAGAGCUCAAGGCCAACAAGGUUGAGGAGCCUCGGGCCAACUCCAGGCGCUCUACAGAGAAACCCGGAGACAGCCGCCCGCCUCGUCAACCGUUGCGCUCCUUCAGAGGGGCGAAUGGCCAAGCCAGAUCCGGAGCAAUGAAGAUUCGGGACCAUCCGAGAGGCUUGAAUACUGGCAAACCAUUUUCCCCACACAGGGGACCCAGACGCAGUGGCAAAGAACAGAACAUUCCCCCAAGAUCUCCAAAAUAACAAAAGGAAAAAGGAACCUAUAAAACAUGAACUAAAACGGAAAAGAAAAAACAAUAUUUAUGUAAAUAUAUAAUAUAUGUAAAUAGACAGAUGAAUAUAUUUCAUUUGACAGACUUUUUCAAAGAAUCUUAAUAUUGUUGCAGACCUGAAAUAAUUUUUUAGGAAGAUGCAUAUUGUCUGCUGACAGAAUUGAUAAAACAUACUUUGCUUAAAGUAAUAUCACCAUGACGUUCCCAAAAGAUGCCUCCAUCAACAGGCUAAAUCUUUAGUGUGUGUAUGCGUAUGAUAGCGUAAGUGGGACGAAGAGGGAUGUUGUUAGUUAUUAAUACAAGGUAGUCUAACAUUAAGAAAGCGCUGUCGCCAUCCAAAAUGACGAAUAAGGCAUUGCUUUCUUUGGUUAUUGUUGGCAUGUGAGUCAUCUAGAGUGUUAUACCAAAUUUGUUGAAAUCAAGGCUGUACGUAUGAUUAUGUAUGAUACGGAAGAUGUUGAAUCUAUGGCAGAAUUAUAGAAAACAGAGGGGUGGUACAGAAGGUUUGAACUUUGAGUAGCUAUAUUUCAAGGCCUUACAUUAUUUAGAAACCAUCUACAAAAGAUGCUGAUGAAUACGGAAUAUGUAUUUGGAACAUUACGUUGUGUAAUGAUUAUUGUCCUUCAGUGUUUUGUAGUAGUCAUCUUUGUGAUGCAAAUAUUAGAUCAAUACUAACGUUUGAAAUAAGCCCUGUAUACUUACUGGAGUAGAUCAGCUUAUUUUGGGGGGGGUUUGCAGGCUUGUAUCAGGGAUGUAACUCCUGUGCACAUCUGUAUAUCUUGUACAAAUUCUAGAGCAUGAAAACUCAUAAGAAUAGUAGUUGUCAGCCUCGGAGGGUUAUCAGGAUUAAGCAGGAGCAGAAAGACUCCAUGUUUUUUCAGAUGUCAAUAAUGCUGGUAUGUGUUUCGCUAAACAAGAUGGCAGGGUUUGACGGCUAACUUUGGUUCCAGGCCCGGCUUCUGAUACGGAUGUUUCUGUAUGUUCAGUUUCAGGAAGGUUUCUAGAGUAGGGUGGUAGAUCCUGAAGAGUAAGCUGCCCUUACUUAGUGACGAGCAUGUGAAUUGCUAAAACAUAUUUGAUGAUCUGAGGGACCUCAGGAGAAGAAAAUGGAUUUUCUUCUGAUAAAAAAAGAAUUUUGUGGCUUCUUCUCUAUUAACGUAGCUAUUUGAUGGUUGAUAUCAUGGCCAGUGUCUAAACAUGAUUCGGUGACUGUGAUUGCUUGCAUCAUCUCUCGAUUUGAUAAAUAAUAAGCCUCAGAUGAAUGUAGUCCUUUUGGCAUAAAACCACUUUUGAGCUUGAUCUUGUAAAAGUCCCUAUGUAGUAGUAGCUUUCCUUGAGCGUGUGUAUAUACAGAUUUAUUUUUGAUGUUGGUUGUUAAUUUACUUGUUUUUUCAGCUGUAGACAAGUUUGAUUUUCUAUAAUUCUGCUUUUCUUCUUAUGGUAUUCAAUGUUUGUGUAAUAUUAGUAAAUAAGUGUGUAUACUGAUCUGAGAAAAGAAACUUGGUUAUUGACAACUGAACUGGAUACUGAUCAGUCAUGGCUCAACAAUGAGCAGAACAUGACUGGACUGGCGUGAGUUGAAAUCCUUAAAUAUCCAGGCUUUUAAUCAUAAGAGAAGUAAGACAUGGAGAGGUGUUGCACAGAAAUGCUCAAUUUGAGCUUAAUUGUGUUUAAUUUUUUGUUUUUUCAUUUUAUCUAUUGUUGCAAAUGGAAAUUAGCAAAAGAUGAGUUAAGAGAAAGAAUUGCAGAUUUUCAGGAUUAGGGGGAUAAAAUAUUUUGCCUUAGAUAAAUGUUUUGAGUCCUCUGCUUGUAGGGACUUGUCUACAGUGUUCUGUGUCUUGUAAUCAGUAGUUCAGUUGUCUCCUGUGUAUACUGUAUCAUGUUUGUAAGAGAGAUUGCAUCGGCUUCAGACUGCAUGGAACUAUUAUCUCAAACCCAACCUCCAGUGCCUUAACUUAUUUCAGUAAAAAAAAGAGUGCGAGAAUUGUGAGCGCAUCAAUUUGUCACACUAAACAUGGCUGGUUAAUUGGUUGUCAAAAUCCAACUUUAUCAGUUUUUGACACUGGAUCCUACUCCAUGCAGAUCUCAGUUUAUUGACAGUGCAGCUGCAGGGCUGGGGCUGGUUAGAGUGGAGCUUAAUGCAUAUGUGUAUGCUUGUUUGUCAGUCAUGUGUCUGAUGCAUUUCAUUUUCUUAGCUUGUCAAUGCAAUGUCGGUAUGUAUCAGAAUCCUGUGUUUAACUCGCAAUCAAACAUGAGAUUUGCAGUUUUCAGCCAAAUACACUGGUUUUAUUAAAUGAUUAUGUGUUUGCUGAGCCU